GUUUUAUUCAGGCCUGCCUGUAUUUCUAUCCAUGCUCAGGUCUGGGACAAGCAAGUUCCGCAUUCCCGAACCCUCCCAAAUACCGAUCACUAUUUAAACCGGCUGACGCAACGACUUUUAGUAUCAAAACCUAUAUCCGAUUCAUAAGUUACGGACACGUUAUAUCACCACGGAUUACGGGACCUAAUACAGUGUCUAAAACAUACUGUACCACCACCAGCCACCAGAAGGGGAUUGCAGUCCAACUUGUGACAGUGGUGUAUGGUAGCUGGGUCUGACAUGAUGCCCGGUCAGAUUCCUGACCCCUCCCUGACGGCUGGGUCCUUGCCCAGCCUGGGCCUUCUGGCCGGCAUAUCUGCCACCACGCUCACCGACCAGCUCAAACUGGCACAGGACUUUAGGAACCUGGGUGCCAUGUUGUCACCGCUGCAUAUCCUGGGACGGCUGGGCAAGAGGCCGCUCACCGCUAUCAAGGGAGAGAUGGACGAGGACGAUGAGAGGAGGAGACGGAGGAGAGAUAAGAACAAAGUGGCAGCAGCACGAUGUCGGAACAAGAAGAAGGAGAGAACAGACUUCCUCCAAAGGGAGUCGGAGCGUCUGGAGGUGGUGAACUCUGACCUAAAGGCCCAAAUCGAGGAGCUGAGGAUGGAGAGACAGACGCUAAUGGUAAUGCUCAACCUCCACCGCCCCACCUGCAUCGUCCGCACCGACAGCGUCAAGACCCCUGAGAGCGAGGCCAACCCCCUGCUCGAACACCUGGCCGCUGAAAAGAUGGAGGCCUCUAAGUGAAACCACAGACGGAAAAGUGAAACCCAAGGGUGGGAAGGAAGGAAUCCACCGAGAGAGAGAGAGAGAAAAAACUGUCAUCAAUGAUGACGAAAUAUUAUUAUUUUUUUAAAUCACCUGAUGCAUUUGUUGUUGAAGCACUUAUGUACUGUCUCGAGCGCCAAGCUGGAGACUUUUGGAGACUCUUGUCUCUGUCUUUUCCCAAAAGACCACCGGAGGGUUGUUAGGGUUCCGUUGCCUCGGUAACACCUUGGUAACGUUACCUGAUUGGGUUCUGAGGGAAGAGGGCGGAGCCUAAUGCCCAACCCAGUUAUCUCUGCAUCAUAAUAAGUGUUUUGUUUUGAAACCCAAGUCAGUGCCACAACGUUUACUUACUGCAACCAACCACCAUUACAAUAAGGGACAGAUGGAAGACGGUAGUGGAAACUAUAAUGUUGAAGAGGAAACACUAAGAUCAAUCACGAUGGUGAUCUGUUACCGACACUUCUUAACGACACUUCUUACCGACACUUCUUACCGGCACUUACCGACUCUGAGACAAACAAAGAGGUUGUUAUUGUGAUAUUCUAUAACGGUAGAGGCACACAGAUGUAGCCAGCCAGUGUACUGUAUACCAUGUUGAAAUACACAGCUGUAGCCAGCCAGUGUACUGUAUACCAUGUUGAAAUACACAGGUGUAGCCAGCCAGUGUACUGUAUACCAUGUUGAAAUACACAGCUGUAGCCAGCCAGUGUACUGUAUAUCAUGUUGAAAUACACAGGUGUAGCCAGCCAGUGUACUGUAUACCAUGUUGAAAUACACAGCUGUAGCCAGCCAGUGUACUGUAUACCAUGUUGAAAUACACAGCUGUAGCCAGCCAGUGUACUGUAUACCAUGUUGAAAUACACAGGUGUAGCCAGCCAGUGUACUGUAUACCAUGUUGAAAUACACAGGUGUAGCCAGCCAGUGUACUGUAUACCAUGUUGAAAUACACAGGUGUAGCCAGCCAGUGUACUGUAUACCAUGUUGAAAUACACAGGUGUAGCCAGCCAGUGUACUGUAUACCAUGUUGAAAUACACAGGUGUAGCCAGCCAGUGUACUGUAUACCAUGUUGAAAUAUACAGGUGUAGUCAGCCAGUGUACUGUAUAGCAUGUUGAAAUAUACAGGUGUAGCCAGCCAGUGUACUGUAUACCAUGUUGAAAUACACAGGUGUAGUCAGCCAGUGUACUGUAUACCAUGUUGAAAUAUACAGGUGUAGUCAGCCAGUGUACUGUAUACCAUGUUGAAAUAUACAGGUGUAGUAGUAUUCUAGGAUUUGUCCAUUACAUGCAAGUCCAUUACCAAGUUGGAACAUAUUUUUAUUUCAUAUUAUAAUGCUAUUUUUGUGUUGUUGUAUAUCCUCUGCCUUGACGAUGGAAGUAUCCGGUUGAUCCGAUUUGAGGUGACGCUGGCGUCAUAAAGUAAAAGCACAUAUAUAUACUAUAUGAAAUAAUGUUUACACUCCUGUUGUUUAUAAAAAAGGCAUUGUUAAUUCAAAUGUCUGUAUUUCAAUAUACUUAUUUUAUACUGCUUUAUAAUGUGUAUGAAAUGUGUAUGAAGUGCCCUGUAUUGUUGUAAUCACUUGAUGUGAUUUUUUGCAUUUGACAUUAGUGUCCCGUUGUAUUUUUCAAUAUUAAAAGGCCCAGAGCAGUCAAAAAAGUUA